CCUUUAAAUGCAAAUCGCAGCCCCAGGGCUCCGGGAACACAGUUGGUCCAGCGGUCCUGGGGACGCAGCCGGGUGGCACCGAAGGCCGGAGGAGGUCCUCGCACAGGUCGGUGUUUCCAUGCCGCUGUGGUGCGGCGCCGGAGCCCGUAGAACAAAUGGGCUUCCGCAGCACCCGCCGCAUCACCCCGUCCUGCCACCGUCAAGGGCCCAGGGGGCAGAGGAGCUCGGUGGGGGCCGAAAUACGCUGGGGAGGGUUCAGGGAUGUCGGGUCCCUCCUGCAGUCUCUGCCCUGGCUCCGGGAAUCGGGAGUCCUCCCCUGCUCCAUGGGGGCUGAAAUCCUCUUUUCUGCAGCUCUGGGAGAAGACGCUGAGGAAUAAUCCCCGGCUGGGAGUUCCCCCGGUGUUUUUCAGAUCGCAGGCUCUGCUCUGUGCCGUGAUGUCCCACCGCAGACCGGGAUGAGGCAGCCUGAGCCUGGCUGCUGACCCCAGUGUGGGGGCUGAGCUCUGUCCUUGGCUUCCCGGCUGCCGUGAGGACCAGGAGGCCCCGCGUGGGGAAGUGCUGCCAAGAGCUUUGUGUCCAUCCUGUCCUGCUCAGGUGCUUCCUGCGUGGCUCUGGGAUGGAGGAGCGGAGGAAGAAGCGGAGCCCCAGAGGUCAGCUGGCACCCGCCAGGGCAUCACGGCUUCUGCCCACCAGCAGGAGCGCAUCCUUCGCCCUGCCGCUGCCCGCCCUGCCCUCACAGCGUGCCAGGCCCCGGCGGGCGAGCAAGGAGAGGGUGAGGGCAGGGGCAGCGCGGGGGGCCCCGCUGCAGCACAGCUUCCUCACCGAGGUCUCUGAUGUCUGCGAGAUGGAGGGCGGGCUGCUCGGCCUGCUCAGCGACUUCCACUCAGGCAAACUGCAGGCCUUUGGGAAGGAAUGCUCCUUCGAGCAGCUGGAGCACGUGCGUGAGAUGCAGGAGAAGCUGGCGCGGCUGCACUUCGGCCUGGAUGUGUGUGUGGAGGAGCUCCCGGAGGAGCAGAAGAAGCUGGUGGCUGACAGGAACCUGGACCAGCUGCUGGCACACCUGGAGGAGCUCAGCAGCUCCAUUCAGAAGCUGCACCUGGCCGAGAGCCCCAGCCCUGAGGAGGCCGCGGCCUGACAACCGCCGGCUGCGGGGAGGCGGCCCCGCGGGAUGGGGAGGACGGGACGGCGG